AUGAUUGGCAAACAGUUGAACGAGGUGAUAAGGUUUAACACGGUAUUCUGUCGGUUUUUCCUUCGAUUUCCUGGAGGAAAGCCGCAGACAGCAGCGUAUCAGGCCAAGGCUAUAGACCGGUUGCUAGUUGAUUUGUGCCGAUAUGGUGGUGUUUUGUAUGCGCAAGGGAAUGAGAAGUUCAUGAAACCAACCAAGCUACCGUUGAAGGUGGAUUUGGCGAUUUGUUCGCCGGAGAAAGUGAAGCUAGUGAGACUUAUAUCGCAGAUGAGAGGGUAUGUGUAUGACGAAAGCGUCGAGCCGGAUUACUCGAAGCUUGUGGAGCCUGUGAGUCUAGAACCUAAGCGCGAACUGGGGGAGACGUUAGAUAGUUUGAGGAAACUGCGGGAGUCUAAGCGCCAUGGUCCCGUUGGAAGCACUGUGUCAAUUAUGGUUCCCCAGAGUCCAUUUGUAUUCCUUAAGAAGCCACUCAAGUACUUCCGGACUAUUGGUGGGGACACGUGUGACAUAACUAGAAAUAACUUAAUGCAUUGGACGUGGGCUGCUGGCCAAGAAAGAUAUCCCUUGGAAAAUGAGGAAUACGCCAAAAUCCAUCCAUUUUGUACUCAUUUCACCAGGAUACCAUCGCAGAAACCUGCGAUCCAGAUUAUCCCCAGUAUAAUUACGAACUUGUCAGAAAUGCCAAACUCUUUGAAUGACUGGGUUAGACGGACCGAUGUCGAGCUUUCCGAUUCUGAGAAAGACAAGCUAUCAACAAUGCUCCACGGGUUCGAGGGACUUUAA